AUGUCUCAGUCAAACAACGCAGUAUCUCAGAAGCCCAAAGUGGCCGCGAUGGCUGCGCAGCAGAGUGACAACAUCGCACAUGCGUUGGCCGGAGCAGGUGGCGGAAUUUUGUCGAUGAUCCUAACUUACCCGUUGAUUACCCUCUCGACCAGAGCCCAGGUUGAAUCUAAGCGGGCACAGUCCUCUAGCAUCGACGCAGUGCGCCAUAUCAUUAAACGAGAAGGAAUCAAGGGACUAUACGCCGGACUCGAAUCCGCACUUUUCGGCAUCAGCGUCACCAACUUCGUGUACUACUACUGGUAUGAAUGGACCCGCGCUGCCUUUGAAAAAGCGGCCAAAAGGGCGGGGCGAGCAUCCAAGAAGCUUACGACGGUGGAGUCGAUGAUUGCUGGCGCCAUUGCCGGUAGUGCCACCGUGAUGAUUACCAACCCAAUCUGGGUUGUCAACACCCGGAUGACUGCUCGUAAAUCCGAGGCCGAGGAGGCCCUUCCUGGAGCGCCUGCGAAGAAGCCCAAGACGACGUUGAGCACAUUGAUGGACCUCCUAAGGGAGGAAGGCCCCAAGGCCCUUUUCUCUGGAGUUUUACCGGCCCUGAUCCUUGUUAUCAACCCCAUCCUACAAUACACAUUCUUCGAGCAGCUGAAGAAUACCUUGGAGAAGAAAAGAAAGGUUACUGCCACGGAUGCCUUUUAUCUCGGUGCACUUGGCAAGUUGCUGGCUACUAGCAUUACCUACCCGUAUAUCACGGUAAAAAGCCGAAUGCAUGUUGCGAGUAAGGAUGGCCCCAAAGAAAGUUUGAACGGGAGCCUAAAGAGAAUUAUCAAAGAAGAAGGAUGGGCUGGUCUGUACAAGGGAAUUGGCCCCAAGGUCAGCCAAAGUGUUCUUACUGCUGCAUUCUUAUUUGCGUUCAAGGAUGUCCUCUACGACACCAUGGUUGCUGCUCGCAGGCGAGCAAUCCGCAAGUAA